CUUAAAUUUAAUGAAUAUAAACCACAACUAUUUCUUCAUUACUAGAUUUAUAGAUUUGAUUCUUUCUCUCUCAGAAUUUUUGUCGACCGAAUUUCAUAUUCAUAUAUAGUUUUAUUAAAUAAUCUGGUUAGAUGAAGAUGCAAGAUUCGGCAGCUCAAGAACCGGAAAUUGCUAUAAUCGUGGGAGAUUCUUCUUCUUCUUCUCUUCAUUCUUCUUCUCAGGUAACAGAAAAAUCUACUGAAGAUGUGCCGAGCUGCUCUCACUUGGAUCUUUCAAUACAAAUACCUUCCAGAUCACUUCCAUUCGGUAACGGCCGUAACCCAAAGGGUUCAUUGAAGUCCACUCCUUCAUUCAAAAGUGGCACUACAUCCUCACCAAGAGGAAUCUUGCGGAAUUUAAGCUUGAAAAAGAAAGUUAUUUCUCAACCCGAAAGCGAGAGAAGCUCCUUACUAUCUCCUGGUCUCAUGGAAACCGCUAAAAAGCCUAAUGCUACUGGUUCCACAACUUCUCCAUAUUGGAAAAGAUGCUUAUCGCUUCCUAGUAGACAAGCUGCAAAACUGUCUCCUGUGGUUUCUACACAACUUUCAGCUGGGGUGCCUGGUGACCCGCCUAAUAAAGAUUAUUCAAGGUCCUUGUCCAUGCCCGGAAGAAACAAAGUUAUUGUGCGAUCCAUAUCUUUUGACAACCACAAAGCCCGUGUUUCCAGUGAAACAAGUGCAGAUCAAGUCUCUUCCGUUCCUCCUGAAGAAACUGAUGAAGAAAUUCCCGAAGAAGAAGCCGUGUGCAGGAUCUGUCUGGACGUGUGCGAAGAAGGAAAUACUUUGAAAAUGGAAUGCAGCUGCAAAGGUGAUCUCAGACUUGUUCAUGAAGCUUGUGCAAUGAAAUGGUUUAGUACAAAGGGAACAAGAACCUGUGACGUCUGUAGACAAGUAGUACAGAACUUACCAGUUACAUUGGUUCGUGUGCCCACACCUAAUCAACAAAACAACAGACGUGGUAGCAGUCAACAGAAUAUGCCGUCACAAACCGUUAGUGCUUGGCAAGAGUUUGUGGUGCUAGUUCUAAUCAGCACAGUCUGCUACUUCUUCUUCCUCGAGCAAUUACUGAUUCGUGACUUGAACAAACAAGCUAUUUACAUCGCAGCACCAUUUUCACUUACGUUAGGCCUCUUAGCAUCCAUUUUUGCCAUUGUUCUCGGUAUACAGAACCACUCUCCCUCAUAAACUCUAAGUGCCUCUCUUUCCUUUGUUUGCCAACAAAAUUUGAAAACGUUUUUUUGCUAUAAUCUGACUCUGCAGCUAUCAGAGAAUACAUAUGGACAUACGCAGCACUCGAGUUUGCGCUUGUGGGCAUGUUGGUUCAUAUAUUCUAUGCUACAGUUAGACUAUCGGCGACCUAUUCUAUACUCUUUGCAGGGAUUCUUGGUUUUGGGAUAGCCGUGUGCCUAAACUCGUUGUACCUUCAUUAUUUCGCUUGGCGUGUACGCGUUGCACAAAAUUCAAGUCCUGUAUGAAAUCUGUUUUCCUUUGUUUCUCGUUCUUCCUUUGUGUAUGUAUUAUGAAAGAAGAAGUUGUUAGUGAAGAGAUUCAUCAGCUUCAGCAGUUUCCUGUAAAAUGUAAAUAUGUACACUCUUCCUCGAAAAUGUUGCUGAAGUUUUGUUUUGUACCCACCCCUACGUGUUUUUCCGGAGCACGAUGAUGAUUUGUGAAAGAGAAGACAUUUGUGUAGUAAUGUAUGUGAUCUACUUUCUGUUUUGUUUUACAACGGCCACUUGGUGUCUCUGGUGAC